AUGUCGUAUCCAAAAAGAGGUCCAGCAGCUGUUGCAGGAAGUCUAACUGACAGAACUGAGAAAAAUUUGCAGAGAAUGGAGUAAAUGAGAAACUUACUGCUAAGUAAAUUUAGAGCAAAGUUCGGUAUCAAAAUGUCUGAUGAUAAAGCAGAUCAUAUCCUUUAAGGAGAGUUGAAUGACUUCAUUCAGAAUGACUAAUUUAAUGAGGCUAGCUUACUUAAACUAGAGAGAAGACUAUCAGAUAUACUUGGAAUUCAGCCUAUGAACACCACUAUUAAUGGAUCAGUGAGGGAGAGAGGGAAUUCAAUCAAUAAUGCAUAAUAGUCUUAAAGAUCAUCACUUGGGAUGUAUGACAUAUAAAAUAACAGUAACUCCAAAUAGUAAGCAAGACUUGGAGGUUAGUUUAGUCAGCCAGAAACCUAGCAAUCAAUGAGAUCUCAAAUGUCCAGAACAUCUAUAGGAUAAGCAUCUGGCAGAUCCAACUCUAAUGUUAUGAGAGCGACUGGCAAUUAAGUUAUCUAAAAGUUUAAUCCCCUAAACACUCCUUAAAAAUCAGUUAGAGGUUCGAGCGUUAUAGAAGGAAAUAUGACUCCAUAAUUGUUGAAGGGAACUUCAGCUAAUGAUGAUGAACAUUGGAACAAAAUAGUCUCAAAUAAUCUUUAGUAAUUCCAUAGAGAGUAAGAGGAAGCUAAAUUGAGAUCCUAAUUAAACAAGCAGUCACUUAAAGAUGAGCUUUAACUCUAAGUAAUGGCUUAAAAGAGAGCAAAAGAGGAGGAAAGAAGGUAGGAGAUUGAGUAUAUGAAGUUAUAAAAAGAAAGAAAUGAAUUAGAAGCCUAGCAAGAGCAUUAAAAGAACUAAUAGUAUAAACAAAAGGUGAUGAGAGAAAACGCUCUUAGAGAUGAAUAACUUCAAGAUUAAAUCAAAAGAAGGGAAUAAGAAUAAUAGAAGGAAAAGGCUUACGAGUCAAUGAAAUUGCAAUAGGUCUAGAAAGAACUCUAAGUUUAGGAAGCUAUCUUAAGAAAGAGAAAUCAAAGUAUCAUUACUGAGAAUAGAAGGUCAUUCUAAAAUAACUAGAUUAUUAAGGAGACUCAGAAAAAACUUGAGGUGAUGGAGGACUAGAAAUACUAGCCAGGUCAAGAUCUAUUUUAGGAGAUGUUUAUAGAAAAACAGCAUGCCUCCUAUCAAAAGAGAAUGCAAAGUGACCAGAAGGUUGAUUUGAUCAAAGAUAAGCUAGCAACUGAAGAGAUGAGAAGAACUACGUAAUUGGAGCAGUAGCAUCUAAACAGUCUAAAGAAAUAAUCAUACCUAGAGAAGCAAGAGGAUAGAAAGAAGCAAGAACUCAAGAAUAAAGAGAAGCAAAUUAAAAAGUUCUUAGAUCAGCAAAUUCAGGAGAAGCAAGCGUAAAAGGUUCUUGACAAAUUUUAAGAAAAUCAGGUGACUAAAGUCAUUUAUGACGAUGUGAAAGUUCAUGAGGAACAAGAAAAAAUUAGAAAAGCAGAGAUUGAUCAUAAAAAUAGAGCAUACAAGGAAAAAUUAGAGAAGCAAAUAGAGGAUCAAAAGAUAUUUAAAGGUACAAUUAAGGUAAAGGUGAUGACUGAUAAAGAUAUUGAUAUCAAUAAAAGAGCCUUAGAAGAGAUGGAACAAGGACUACUCUCAAUCAAGAAACCUUUUUGA